AUGGAAACUGAGAGACUCAUCAACUCAGAGCUGGGGUUUCCAGGCAGGACGGUGGAGACGGCACACAGACACCAUACUCCCCACCGCCGCGCCCCCAGCCGGAGGCUCCGAUCCCUGGACACUUUCAGAGGGUUGUCCCUGGUCGUCAUGGUGUUUGUCAACUACGGAGGAGGGAGGUACUGGUUCUUCAGACACGAGAGCUGGAACGUAUCAAUGGGGACUGACUCCCUGCGUAUCCCUGGCGUGCUUCAGCGUCUGGCCUUCUCCUAUCUGGUGGUGACCUCUCUGGACCUCUGUGUGGCCUGGAACAGCCUGGAUAACCUUCCUGUGGAUGCUUGGUGGUACUCUGCUCGUGAGUUCCUGCUCUACUGGCCAGCCUGGCUGUGUGUGRUCGUCUUGGAAACCGUGUGGCUCUGUCUCACCUUCUUGCUCCCUGUUCCUGACUGCCCAAGUGGUUAUUUGGGCCCAGGUGGUAUUGGGGACAUGGGCCAGUACCCAAACUGCACUGGGGGAGCAGCUGGAUAUGUAGACCGCUGGUUACUGGGAGAGAACCACAUCUACCAAACACCUUCCUCACGGGUGAUCUACAAGUCUCACAUGCCCUUUGAUCCAGAGGGAGUCCUUGGCAGCAUCAACUCUGUCUUCAUGGCUUUCCUGGGACUACAGGUCACUGGAAUUAUCAUUCACUAUCUCGUUCUGUCGCUGUCUCUCUUGUAUGAAUCCAUCCUGGUGUACGUGGGCCACGAGGUCCUGGAGGAGUACUUCCGUUCCGCUGGCGCAUGGCCAACAGCCAUACUCACGCAGAGCACCUGGACCCAGAACCUAGUGGCCACCUUUGCUGGGUCCUCAUCUCCUUCCUGCU